AGCAGUCCAAUCGAACGACAGUAAACGACGCGAGUGCGCGAUAAAAUCAGAGACACCGACAACUCCUUUGGAUAAAACAAUAGUGUUUAUUUAAUUCUACUAAAUACAGGAGCAAACUAUAUACUUUCAAAAUGGGUUGUCUAUCGGGAAUAGUCAACUUUAUUUUAUAUAUUGUCAAUAUCGUGUUUUUGAUCGUUGGCAUCCUACUGAUCGUGUUGGGCUCGAUCAUGCUGUCCGAUCUGAGCCGCUUCGAUGUCGCGGGGAGUGGGACGGACCCGAACACCAUCCCCAUCUGCGUCACCGUCCUGGGAGGCCUCAUCUUCGUGGUGUCCUUCUUCGGGUGCUACGGCAUUUUUCGGCAGAGUGUCUGCAUGACCGGCGCGUACACCAGCAUGGUUUUUGUGCUCUUUAUCCUGCAACUGGUGCUUACGUGCUGGGUGUUCGUGAACCGAUCUGCCUUCCUGGGCGAUAUGUCCAAUCUGGUUAACUUGCUCUGGGACUCCCAUGACUACACUGCCAUGGGCGUUCUUGAGGAAACCUUCGGCUGCUGCGGUGAUACGAGCUAUACCAACUACAACAACAUCGGCCUUUCGGUUCCCGGAACCUGCUGCGGCUACCUGGACCGCCAGGCCACAUGCAACACCCCCUCGGUCUACCAGUCGAGGCCCGGCUGCAGCGCCAAGUUCGAGGAGUUCUGGAACGACAACAUGGACAUCAUCCGCUGGUCCGGCCUCGGCCUCUGCAUCUUCGACCUGGUCGUCUUCCUCAUCGCCGGCGCCCUGACCAACUGCAUGCGCAGCCAGAACGCAGGUCGCCAGGUGUACGCCUAAACUUGUGAGGAACAAGCCAAAGGCCAAAGGAUCUACAUAUGUCUACUUAUGUUACCAUAUAACAAACUGUUUUUCGAGCCGUGCCAAUAUUAAUAUAUACGUCUACAUUUCGCCUAUUUAUCAGUUACUACUUAUGUUAUUCUUUAUACUCUUUUUGGAGCAAUGCCAAUAUUAAUAUAUACCGCUACAACAUUU